GAUCUAAUAAUUGCGCAAAUCUCUACCCCCGUGUCAACCCCCGUGUUGUGGUGUGUUGCGUGUGGUGUGGGCUGAUACUUGGAUAGGCUGUGAUCCAAUCACUUACCAUGUGAUAAACCCCUUUUCAAUUGAUCUAUCUUACGGAAGAUGCAAACUGCUGUAGCAUGCACCAGACUACUGUCAAGGGCAUUUCUCAACGGACUUUACAAUAGAAAUGCAUCUCAAACAGCGUCGGGUUUGCCUUCACGAAAUGACAGUGGCCAGAGUGGUAAUUCAGGAGAUAGUGACUCAAAAUCAUCUGAGCAGUGUUCUUCAAGUGAAUCCAGAGACACGAGCUUAUUUCAGAAACCAAGAUUUGUGUCGGCGAUUUCAGGAAUACCCAAGAACAUAAGCAUGCGAAGAUUGAAUCCAUUUCAGUUUGGAGAUGACUCAUGUUUUGUGUCAUACCACAGCAGUGCAGAUGUGCUUGGCGUGGCGGACGGCGUGGGCGGCUGGCGCCAGUACGGCGUCGACCCGGGGACGUUCAGCGACGCCCUGAUGCGCGCCUGCGAGCGGGUGGUGACGGCCGGCGCGUUUCGGCCGCACCUGCCGGCCCAGCUGCUGGCGCGCGCCUACAGUGAGCUGAUGGAGAGCAAGGAGCCGAUUGUGGGCAGCAGCACCGCCUGUCUGGUGGUGCUGAGCCGAGAGACGGGCUGCCUGCACGCGGCCAACAUCGGCGACUCGGGCUUUCUGCUGGUGCGAGACGGACGCGUGCUACUGCGCUCCGAGGAGCAGCAGCACUACUUCAACACUCCCUACCAGCUGUCCAACGCGCCGCCCGGACAGGACGGACAGGUGCUGUCCGACCGGCCGGAGGCAGCGCGCACCUCAGAGAUGCCCGUGCAGGACGGCGACGUCAUCAUGCUGGGCACGGACGGCGUGUUCGACAACGUGCCGGACGCCGUGCUGGUCAGGGAGCUGAGCGGCCUGCACGGCUGCGCCGACCGCGAGCGGCUGCGCGCCGCCGCCAACGCCAUCGCUCUGAUGGCGCGCCGGCUCGCCUUCGACGGCUCCUAUAUGUCACCGUUCGCCAAGAACGCGCUCACGCACGGCAUCGACGCGCUCGGCGGGAAGCCGGACGACAUCACGGUGAUCCUGGCCACGGUGAUAUCCUAGUGGCGGCGGCGGCGGCGGCGGCCGUGCCUUGCUCCAGUGCAAUCUCGCUACUUACCGGUAGGGCGUGCAUGGGCGCUGCCGCCGCGUGCGUCAGCCGCUCUGUACAUAGUGCGCCUGUCUAGAGAGGCCCGUGCGGCGCGAGCGGGUGGCUGCGGCGCCCCUCCGACGCUCCCUAGGUCGUUAUUUUUGUUGGGCCGUUUUGUACGUGUGCGUGCGUGAUGACCGAAUGGCAGUGUGGAGAGAGUGCGGCGGCAGCGUGGUCCGUGUGCUCGGUUUGCUAGGCGAUUUUCCAGUAUUGAGGCGUGUGUGGGUGGCGCCGUGUGGCAGCCAGGUCAGUCGGCGCCGGCGGCCGGGCGGCACCGGUCUGGGCCGCCGGCGCCGCGCGUAGUCGCCCUAGUGAUAUUAGAGAGGCGGCGCGGUCGGGCCGGCCCGGGGACGGGCGCGCCCACCACUCGGCGGCUCGACCGUGUACACAUUCGUAUAUUCUGCAGUCCGCUCGACAAUAAAUAACAGGCGGCGCACUGAGCGCCAAUCACA